AUGUCCCCAGCAACUCUAGACAUGCAAGCACUCCAGUCCCUCCGGUCCGAGUUCUCCAAAGCAUUAAAAGACUUUGCGGGCUCGUCGUCGUCAUUCCGAAUCCUAUAUACCGUUCCUCCAACAUCAGCGCCCAGCAACGGGAAACCCAUCCCCACAAGGACGCUCUACGUGCUGGACUCAAGUUUCAACCCCCCUUCAAAAGCCCACUCGAGCCUCGUCAAAACGGCAUUGAGGUCCCAGCGCUCAAAUUCGGAAAGGAAAGAUCACAGCCGAAGCGAGACGCCUCGAGUUUUAUUCCUGCUCGCGACAGUCAACGCCGAUAAGAAACCCAAGCCCGCCGACUUUGAAGACCGUAUCGUCAUGAUGACACUGGCGGCACAGGACCUGCGGUCUUCUUUCUCGUCGACUGGCGGUCCCACUUCUGAUUCUGAUUCUGCGUCCGCGUCCGUGACGGUGGAAGCGCCGAUCAUCGACAUCGGCAUCACGAAGCAGCCGUAUUUCGUGGACAAGGCCAGCGCGAUCAGAGACAGUAAUGUCUACGAGAACCCAGACCGCGAGGACGGCGUCGUCGAGCAAAUCCACUUGACCGGGUUUGACACGCUACUUCGCAUCUUCACCCCGAAGUACUACCCGAAGCAUGACCCGCCGUUGUCGGCUCUGGAACCUUUUCUGCAGCAUCAUCGCGUGAGGGCAACGAUACGGGUCGAUCCGGACAGUCCGAGCGAGAACUUGAAGGAUGCACAGAAGACGGAGGCCGGGUCAGGCGCUGGUGCUGCGCCACCGACCCGCGACUUUGGCACGCCGGAAGGCCAGUUGAAGUACCUCGAGGGCAUUCAGCAGGGAGCGCUGGAGAACGAGGGAAUGAAACGAGAGUGGUCUGACAGAGUGGACUUGGUCGUGGACGAGGAUGGAGAGGCUCAGGGCGUAAGUAGUACGAAGGUCAGGGAUGCGGUGAAGGAAGGGAACUGGGCUCAAGUGAGAGAGCUAGUCGGGCCGAGCGUAGGCGAUUGGAUCAAAGAGACGAGGUUGUACUUGGAAGGGGACGGCAAUGGGAAGCUGUAA